AUGAAGCUCGUCUGGAUAGCCCAGCGCCUCGGCCGGCAAGGCCAACGACGCAAGGUAGCCCGGAUCGCUUCAUCCCUCUUCUUCAUAGUCGCCCUCACGGCCUUAUGUCUCUAUAUCCUGCUCGCAUAUUUCCUGGCAAAUGACCCACGGCUGGUGCCCGUGGCGUUCCAAACGGCCCGGAGUAUCCUCCUCGUAACCGCCCACCCGGACGACGAAACUCUCUUCUUCAGCCCGAGCAUUACCUACCGCCGCGAUGAUCCGCACGUGCAGCGGGCUUUGCUGGUGAUAUCCUCUGGUGGGUUAGACAUUCAUUCCUACCGACUGAUGCUGACUUGUCUAGGAAAUUAUGAGGGAAUAGGCGAGCGUCGCCAGCAGGAAAUCCACGACAGCUGCUCCGUGCUGGGGAUCGUUCCAGAUCGCUGCGUCGUCCUGGACGAUGCCGCGCUGCAGGAUAACCCCAGGAAAUGGUGGAAUGAGGAGCUGAUCAAGGACCUUGUUGCGUCGCAUGUCCAGAAAUGGAAUGCGGAUUUGGUAUGCUGCAUGUUGUUCCCUGCCUUGCACUCAACUCUUGAUACUGAUUUUCGAGAUCAUCACCUUCGACGAUGGAGGCGUCUCGGGGCAUAUCAAUCACAGAGCCGUCAGCGCUGGCGUUCGGUUCGUUCUCCAUCCUCAUCGAUCCCUAACGCAGCUGAACCAAGUAGGACAUACAUCACAAGCACACCCAACGCCCCUCCCGCAUACACACUGCAAAGUACGUUCCUCAUCCGCAAAUACUCCUCGCUCCUCGACCUCAUUCCUACUGCUAUCCCGUUCUCGUGGCGCAUCCUCAAAGCCAUUCUUACCUCGCCCGCGUCGAGUCCGGCGGACGGCGUCCACGACCUGUCUCCGCCGGAGGCAUACAACGAUAAGGUCCUGCUGGUGAGUCCCUGGCAGACGUACCUCGUCUCGCGAGCGGCAUUCGCCCAGCACGCGAGCCAGUACUCGUGGGAUCGGUCGUUUUACUUGGUCCUCAGUCGGUAUAUGUGGUGUAACAACUUGAAUAAAUUAGUAGUUUGA